GCGCACUACGGUUUUGUAGCGGGCCUGGGAGCUGGUAAGGGCUGGUCAAGUUUAAGUGCGAGAAGAAAGGAGCGAAAAAUAAGAGAUAAAGGAGACAAAGACAAGGGGGCACAGAGACGGGGUUACACGAGGUCCUGUGGCUUGCUCCCAGCCGACAUGAGAGACUCCUGUACCCUCUGCUCCCCUUCAUUCUGUUGCUGAUGACUUCGGGGCUGUGCUGGAAAUGGCAGACAGUGUCAGAACCUUCCUCCAUGAUGUGGCGACGGGUAUAAAGGACUCGAUUUUAGGGAUCAGAACCAUCUCCAAGCUAGAUGCUCGGAUUCAGCAGAAACGGGAAGAACAGAAGCGAAGGAGGGCGAGCGGGGCUCUGGCACAGCGGCGGGCACAGAGCGAGGACCGCAAACAGGAGAGUGAACCCAAGCUGGCAAGCCGAAUCUUACAGUGUUGUGCAUGGAACGGAGGCGUAUUCUGGCUCAGUCUCUUCCUCUUCUAUCGCGUGUUUAUCCCUCUGCUUCAGACUCUCACGGCUAGAAUUAUCGGUGACCCCUCUCUGCACGGCAAUGUGUGGUCCUGGCUGGAGUUCAUCUUGACCUCAGUGUUCAGCGCUCUCUGGGUCUUGCCCCUCUUUGUUCUCAGUAAAAUCGUCAAUGCCAUUUGGUUCCAGGACAUUGCAGACCUUGUGUUCGAGGUUUCGGGGAGAAAGGCUCAGCCCUUCCCCAGCAUCAGUAAGAUCAUCGCUGACAUGCUCUUUAACCUUCUGCUGCAAGCUCUCUUCCUCAUUCAGGGCAUGAUCGUCAGCCUUUUCCCCAUCGAUAUCAUUGGUCAGAUGAUCAGCCUGCUCCACAUGUCUCUUCUCUAUUCCCUCUACUGCUUUGAGUACCGCUGGUUCAACCAUGGUGUUGAGAUGCACCAGCGACUCUCCAAUAUUGAGCGAAACUGGCCCUAUUACUUUGGCUUCGGACUGCCCAUGGCUCUGCUGACUGCUCUGCCCUCCUCCUACAUCAUCAGUGGCUGCCUGUUCUCAAUCCUAUUCCCACUCUUCAUCAUCAGUGCGAACGAGGCCAAGACUCCUGUUAAACUCUACCACUUUCAGCUGCGUCUCUUCUCUCUGGUUGUGCUGAUCAGUAACAAGCUGUUCCACAAGACUAUGCACCUGCAGUCCUCCCUCACUGCCUCUGUGUCCAGCGAGAGACUCCCCUCCCCUCACGCCUCUCCUGCUAGACAGCGCCCCCAGUGAGCCGGCCCAGACUGAGCUGCUCUUCUUGACUGACGUGACCGCCCUGCCCUCGUCCAAAGACAUUACACAGAACCUGGCAGCAAACGGGUUUAAACCUGGAAAGGCUUUAUAAAAGGGUUGAGUUAUAUUUUAUUUUUUGAAGGGGGUGGGGGGGGUUGUCCAGUUUUUUGGGUACAUUUGUAUCGUCCUAUGUAAUGAUGAUUUUAUUUAUACAUAUAAAAAAGUCAUAAUUUGUAUGUGAACAAUGUUUUAUAGCAUUUGUGACUGCCCUGUGCCUGAGACCUGCAUUAUUGUUUGUACAGAUUCAGUGCCAUUUGCAGAUUUAAAACACAAUGCAUCCUUUUUUUUUUCAUUCAUUUUCAGGCUCCAAACAAGUUCAGCAGAGUUUAGUUUGGUUGUCCUUAGUUACGUUCAUGAGAGGAACGUGCAUUUAUUGAAGAUGGACACACCACUAUUACUCCCAAAAGUUAAGCCUGAUUAUG